GACGUGGGAAGUUUGGCAACGCUGUGUGACUAACACGCAUGAGAGCGACGGGCAGCAGAAAUACGAUUUUUCGGCAAGCGGAGGCGACGGCUUGCGAAUCGGCCUGAGCGAGCCGCCCCCGCCCGGAGGCCGCCGAUGCCAGGGCGAUGCUGCCCGCGCAAGCCAAGGCGCCGGCCAAACCUGCCGCAGCAGCCGACAAACCCACGUCCAAAAAGACGAGUCUGAGCGGCUCCGAGACGGACGUGUCCACCUCGACCGAGAACCUGAGCCAGGAGGAGCGCUAUGUCAUCAAGCACACCGCCCGCCAGGAGCCUCAGGGACAGGAAAAGCAGGAGCCUGCCGACGGCCUGGCGCCUCACCCUGGCCGCCAGCUGAGCCUGGACAACGCGUCCAGCUACAACACCCUCAUCAUCCACGCGAAUGGUGAGGAGGGACUCGAACCUUGGGCCUCGCUCUCGCCCAACAGAUUGUCCAGUCUGCGCGACAGCUACAUUUCCGCGGCGUCGAGCCACUCGAAGGCGAGUCUGCCGUCGUCUUCGGCGUCGUCGUCACCGACUCUGUGCGGCGGCGGCGGGCUGGGCGGUCUGCAGGGCGAAACGCGCGAGAUCAACGAGAUUCCGGCCGACUACCUGAGCAAGUCGCGCGUCCUCAAGCACCUGGCCAAGGAGAUGAAGCAGGACGCGAAAGGAGGCGGCGGGGGCGGCGCCCGCCGGCUGCUGGUGCUCGACGUCUCGCCCGAGCGACACGCGCGCCUCCUGGCGCACAGGUACUCGACGCCGGUGCAGCGGUCGCCGCCGCCGGCGCCGCUGCAGGGUCGGCUGGCGCUCAGCAGGUCGCAGCCCGACCUGACGCAGCAGCAGGAGCAGGCCAAGCCGCGACGCCGCCUCGAACUCGUGCUGCCCGAGUCCGAAAUGGUGCAGCUGCUGGUCAACGAGACCGCCUACCUCAAGGCAGAGCUCGAGAUGUGCCUCAGGAAGGUCGCCAAGAGCCAAAAGUUGGAGGAAGAAGUGGCGAACAUUCACAGAUCUCACCAGGAGCUGAUGCAGUCGUCGGAGCGGCGCGAAAAACUCGAACGCGCGGCAAGACAGCGGCUGCAAGAGGACAAUCGCCUCCUCAGGCAGCAGUAUGAGCUCCUUCUUGCCCAGGUGGAGCGCGGUCCUGAGGCGUCGGCGGCGGCCGAGGUGGCGGUGCUAAAGUGCGAGCUGGCGAAGCGCGAGUCUGCGUUGGCGGCCGCGUCCGCGCAGACCAAGGAGCUGCUGGCGUGCCGCGAACGGCAGGAAUUGGAGCUGGCGGCGCAGCGGGCCACUCUGCACGAGCAGCGCAAGCACAUGCACAUCCUGGAGACGGCGCUCAACAACGCUCAGGCCACCGUGCUCAGGCUGGAGCACGAGUGCAGGAAGCGGCAGCUGCACGAGCAGCGCCUCCUCCACCUGCAGACCAGCCUCGACACGCAGCUCGCCGCCAACGACAAACUCGAGGCCCAGCUUGACGCUCUCCGAAGGGACAAAGGCGAGAAGGGCGACGAGAGCGAGUUGCGGCAGCUGCUGAGGGAACGAGAGGAGCGGGUGUUGUCCCUGGAGAAGGAGGUGGCGCAGUGGCAGCAGUGGUAUGUGGACGAGAGCGCCUUCCGGCAGGCGGUCAUCGAGGCGGCCAGCAUGCCCAAGGAGGGCAAGAUGGCGGCGGCGGCGCAAGCGGCCCUCGACAAGUCGCAGCAGCAGCAGCAACAGCAGUCGGAGCGGCGCAUCUGCGAGGACAAAAUCCGGCAGCUGGACCAGCUGCACGCCGCGCAGCGCCGACUCGCCGACGUCGAGGCCACCGCGCAGCAGCUCGAGUCCAAGGUGGCCGAGAAGGACGCGAUGAUCAAGGUGCUGCAGCAGUCGAUGCGCGCCUCGCCGCACCACCACCUCCACCGGCAGCCCAGUCCGUCGCCCAUCGGCAGCAUGAUGCUGUCCAACGCGUCCAGCACCACGCUCGCGUCCUACCCGCGCGCCCUCUCCGCCGCCAGGGCUUCCAGCGCCGGUUUGGCGUUCCAGCGCUCUCCCUCGGUCGCGGCCGAUUACGGAGGCUCGUCAGGGGCGGCGUCGACGACCUCGUCAAGCGCUCAUUUAGUGUCUUCGGCAGCGAAAACGACGGCUGCAGGCGGCGGCUCGACUCUGGGCCGCAGCUUCAGCGACGACGCGCACAGCCUGGACGAGCAGUUGCACACGCUCGACUCGCAGGUCCUUGGCGGGAGGGUGCUGUGCUGCUUUUCAGGGCUCUAUAAUCGGGGCGUUGCAGCAAGAAAAGAAGGCCUUUCCCAGCCACUACUGGCUGGUGUGAAGCGCCGCCCGCCCGCCGGAAUCGGCGCCCUCGGCGGCGGCGGCGGCGGCUCGCUGCCCCCGACGCCGCCGCCGCCGCUGCAGGGCGGCGCGGCGCCGCGGGCGUCGUCGCUGCACGAGCGCUCGGACAUCCUGAUCCUGGAGAAGCAGGGCCGCGCCUCGCAGCGCCAGCGCCGCAGCUCGGCCGGCUCGCAGAGCUCCGACUCGGCCUCCGGCCUCGCCAGGCCGCCGGCCGCCCCCGCGGCCCCCGCCAGCGCCGGCUACCACCGGCUGGACCGCUCCUCCAGCAAGGAGAGCCUCCACUCGUCCUCCAGGCUGAGGCACUCGGCCUGCAGACUCGCCCACCAGCCGCCAAACUACCGCAUCCAGCUCUAGACACACGGAAGAAGUCGAAAUUUACGCAAACCAACCGUCCAUUUGUCUGCAAAAGUAAGUUUUUAAGGCCUUCAGAUGCGCAGGCGCGCGGACGUUCGAAAAUUGGCGGGAAAGGAGCAAGCAUUUUGAUUCUGGCGUCUCUGAAUCCCGGAUUCCGUGGCUGUAAAUUUAAAAGCAACCCUUUUGUGUUUAUUCUUGAAAGCCCUAAAUAACCAGGAGAAUUCUACUUUUGAUGCAUUUCACUCGAUAAAAUUUAAUCUUUCCCAUUUGGUCGAGGAAUGAAAUUAUGGCACCGUCUUUUAUUUUUGGCGCUAGUCUAAAAUUCGAAUUUUUAUUUUGGCCGUGAAAUUAAACCAAAAGAAUGAUUUGGUUCCAUGGGAACCAAAUCUCCGUCUCUUUACAAAAGAGAGUGCCUUUCAAAUUUGUAAAAAAAAGUGCCUUGACACCCACCAAAAACGCCAAAAACAGUCUAAUUCGAAUUUCAGGGUUUGGAAGGGUGACAAAUAAAAAGUAAUUUCAAUUUGUAAGUUUUGGUUUGAACUUUGUCGCCUAAGUAAUAUCUUCCCCCGAAAUAGGACUAAUUAUCUUUAAUUAAAAUAAUGCGACUAGCUCUUUUGACGCGGACACCACGAUAUUACAAUGUGCGGCGUUUUGGACGAAACCAAAAGCCGCUGCUUACUUAGGUUCCUUUUAUGUUCGAAAGAUCUUUUCUAGCGUGGUAUUAGUCAUUUUUUAUUUGCUCUCAAACUGAACAUUUAGUUUUAUUCGUAAACCUACAAAUUUAAUUUACACGAAAAUACAUGUCAUACAAUUAUAAUAUAUUGACAAGAACGAGUGUUAGAGAAUAAAAUUAACAUUUACUCACUGAUAUAAUA